AUGUCUCCAGACCCAGACCCCAGUCCUGGUAACACAAGCCCAAUGACUGGCCUUCUCCCUUUCCUCAAACAAGCGCGCCAGCAGCUCCUCGCCCUCCCCGCACCGCGAGCAUCAACCGCGGCGGCAGCUUCAUCAUUAUCGCCAAUCACCAAGGGUCCGGUCUUUGUUCUUGGGAACCAAUCUGCCGACUUGGACUCUAUUAUAUCCGCUAUUCUGUAUUCGUAUUUUUUUUCUAGAGCGGACAAGAAAGCUCAUGCGCCGGUGGUCAAUCUUCCGGAUGUGCCUAGUGGAACCGAGCUGAGGAGGCUCCGACCCGAGUUUGCCUGUGCUUUUGAGCUUGCUACGUCUUCGCGAGCCGAGCAAGCACAUCUGUCUGGGGGAGGUGAUGAUGGAAAUGGUGCCGCGCGGCUGCUUCAAGAACAUAUCGUGACUGUCGCCGACCUGCGCGAGCAGCUAUUGUCUCGUCGGCAAGACAACACAAAGUUAGACCUUGAUGCUGUCUUGGUCGACUGGAACAAACCUCCUAACCAAGAGGAAACAGAAGGAACCUCAGGAAAAGAUGGCCGAGGCUCGGUCGACGGUCUCUCCGAUCUUGCCACUUUUUCUGUCACCGGAUGCAUCGAUCAUCAUGCCGACGAAGGCUUCGUCCCAGCCGCCGAGGCUUUGUCGGAUGAUAAUCCUCGGAUUAUUGAACUCGGCCCUGGUUCAUGCACGAGUCUGAUCAUCCGCGAGGUCCGGCGUCGCGGCCUCUGGCCCUCGCAAAAGGAGUCUUUCUCUUUUUCCGCGGAAGAACAUAAUACUAAUAAUAGCCACGACGUAGAAGUCGAGGUUGCCAAACUUGCUCUCGCUGCGAUUCUGAUUGACACCGGCAAUCUCACGGCAGAAGGCAAAGUGACUGACAUCGACCGCGACGCUGUGUCGUUUCUUUCCCAAAAAAUAUCCGAAGCGCGCUCGUCCGGCUCUAGCACAUGGAAUCAAAAGACAUUCUUUGACGAGAUUCAACACGCAAAAUCGCAUAGCCUUGACUGGCUCACGGUGGAUGAAACACUCGGACGAGACUACAAAGACUGGACCGAAUCCACAGCUUUGGGAGAAAAAGUCACGAUUGGAAUCGCAAGCGUCGUGCGUCCAUUGAGCUGGGUUAUUUCGAAAGCAAACGAGGAAGAAGAAGGGUCGAAUGCGCGAGGAGAAGAUGAACUCAACCCGCUGAUAGGCAAACUGAAGCAAUUCGCGCAGCAAAAGGGAUUGGAUGUGGUAUCCGCCAUGACUGCUUUUACUUCGCACGAAGGUCGGUUCGAAAGAGAGCUGCUUGUCUGGGCAUUACAUGAUGGAUGCACGAAACAGUUGGAAACUUUUGCCGAGACAGCCAGGGAAGAGUUGCAAUUGGAACAGUGGGAACAAUUCCCCGUGGAAGGCCGUCGAGAAAAUGGACAUUUGUACAUUUGGCGACAACGCAACGUUCGCAACAGUCGAAAGCAGGUUGCACCGUUGCUGAGAAAAAUUUAUACCGGCAGCAGAUCUACACAUAACUAG